AUGAAGACCGAGCGCAAAACGUCGAACUUGGAACCGCUUUCUGAAAGUGAGAAACGUCACUUCAGUUUAUACGAAAAGCAGCCUCUUGGGAACGAACGUACUUUUGAUUCCGGUGAUUUCGCUCUUUCUGCAGGCCAACGUGCGAACGAAACUGGGGCCAUUGAGUCGGGCUGCAAGCAUCCAAAUCGUGAUAGUAUCUCGCACCCUAACGCACCAGUCCCAAUUAAUAGCAAUGUCGAUUAUGGUGCCAACAUAUUCUUGGAUAGAAAGAGCGUAAGCCCUGAAAGAAAGAGUCUUCUCCACUGUGAAACAGAAAUGAAACGCUACAACUCAAAAUACAACGAUGAUGAUGCGAAAAUCAUUACGAAAUCUACUUAA